AUGCUUGCCCAGUUUGUUCCACAGGUUCGCAGCGUGGAUGUGGUUCAAGCUCGCGCUGUGGGCGGCAAAGAGCGCGAGCAGUUCGUCGGCGCCGCUGGCAUUCGAGAUGUGGCUGUUGAUCUGCUUAGCAUUGAGCUGCCUGCCGGCAGCAUCCCCAGUUUUGAAGUAGAUGAAUCCAUCUACGCCGACGAUACCAUAGCUCUGUCGCUCGCCGCGCGAUCCCGCACCGCGCAUCGGCGGACUCAAUCGGCGGUCGCUGUGCUGAGGCUGCCCCUCGCCCCGGCGGUCGCGCCGGUCAUGGUCGCGCCUGGGAUCGUGGUACCGAUCGUCGCGCCGAUCGUGCCAGUCGCGCUCGCGCUCGUCUCUGCACCGGCGGUUGUCGUAGCGCUCGUCGGACCAAUGCCGCUGCUCAUCGCGCCGUCGCGGCUCAUCGCGCCGUCGCGGCUCAUCGCGCCGUCGCGGCUCGUCCCUCCAUCGCUGCUCGUCGCGUCCGCAGUCGCGCUGACGAGGCUCGCCGCGCCACCGACGCUCCUCGCCGAUCAUAUCUGGCGAGUAGAGAUUACGCCUGCUAUUCACAGCACAAGCCCUCGUGGGGUGCGCAGCGAAACGCAGUGA